CGACUCCCAUUAUUCAGGUAAAAAUGGCUUCUUCACACAAUGCACAAGGAUUCCGGGGUAACCAAGGUGAAGACGAGGAAGUAGGCGUGAUAUCCGUGGAGCCUAUCACCAUGAUAGUGCCGCCGGAGUUACAAGACUCGCCUAGACCUGCCACGCUUGAGAAUAGCACCAGUUCGAGCACGAGUAGUGGCUCUGAAGACCAUCGGCCCUCAACUUCUAGCGAUUCGCCUGUGGAAGGGACAUCCGGCGAAGUAAGGGGUGUUGAAGAGGUUGGGUGUAGUGCGUCGGUGAUGAGUACAGCAACUGAGAUCCUCAGAACCAUCCUGAUCCGAGUUGGGACACCAAAUGACAGGGCGUGCUCAGUAUCACGGACGGGCUGGGUGCCAGUAUACGUAGACCAUUUUGACGCCGGUCUGCGUUUUCCUCUACCCGGACUAAUUUUUGAUGUCCUGGCAAAGUACGAGCUGGCCCUUUCGCAGCUUACUCCCAACAGCAUAAAGUUUAGUGGAACGAGAUGGUACUACAUCUCGGGGAGAGAGAAGAUGAUGAUAUUCAGCAACAUAAGGAACAAGGUGGCGAGGUGGAUGAGACAGUUCGUCUUCGUUCGGGACACACAACCAGAACGAAUCAGUAACGAGCUCGCCGCCCGCCUGUCAGAGUGGCGCACGCCAAACAGCUACAUGAACUAUCCACAGCUGACAGCUGGUGACGUCGACCUGAAGAACCAGCUGCUAGAUUAUGUGAAGGCGAGGGGGCUGGUGGAUUUGGAAGCCUUGGUUACCCCGGAACAGAUCGCGCUUCUUGGGUUUGUCAAUGUGGCAAACCUACACUCUCAAGCAUCCUUGAGAGGCAACGUCAACGAGCAUAAGGCUCGAAGGGCCGGGGAGCUAGGUCCUGCUCGCAGCAUCAGUCGCGCUUUGACGAGCGGCCACCUGCUGCACCAGGGCGCAGCUCCCAGCAUCGAAGUUCCAGCUCGGCACAAAGGCCUCGUGCUGAGCAGAGAGUUGAGUCUGCGCCAUCCAGCUCUAGAAGGUGCACAAGGGAGGACUCUGACGCAGAGGAUGACGUUCCACUCACCCGGUGGAGGACGAGUACCAGCUCGCAGCCUGCGCAGGCGGUUGCUGCACGACCGGGCAACGUGCCCCCAGCUUCAGCUCAUGAGGUCGCCGAGCAGACACCAGCCUUGUCGGUAUGCAGAACUUUGUGCCCCCUGCAGACCGGCUGCGCGCGAAGGGGCAUAUUCAGCAACAUGGGGGACAUGCUGCUCUGAUCAAGCUAAUGGAUGCGUUCAGCUACACUGUCGCACUUUUCGAGUACGAACGGGAGCGCGGGUGCAAAACCUCGAGUUGGAACACAACUGCAAGCAGUUGGCUUCUGAGAAGGCCAGCCUGGUUGAUGAGGUCAGCCGCUUGCAGAGCUCAGAAAUGGCUAACCGGGCCGCAUCAGUAGAGAGCCGAGCUGACCAGUUGGCCCGAAAGGUAGACGAGCUGAAGGAGGAGCUCCAGCGGGCUCAGGUGGAGAAGGAAAGUGGCAUUCAAGCUGCUAAGGAGGAGACCGACCGUGCAGAGGACCGGGCUAAGAAGGCAGAGUCUAAAAGAGAGAAGACUCUGCACGAGCUGAGCGCCUUAAGGGAGAGGGUGUCACAAGCCGACCAGCACGUUGCACAAGCAGAGGCGUCCCUGGAAAGCACCAAGAGACUUUACCAGCACGACAUUUGCUUUGCCCGUGCACAGGGAGCUGAAUGGCUGGUCGGAGCAGAGAUGUUCCAGGACGCCGUUGCGGUUGCCUCUGCCAACACCACCACGGACAUUUUCAACGAGGUUCGUGGGAAGGUUUUGCAAGUGCAGGCUGAUUUUCCUAUCGGCGAGCUGGCUUUCUUUGAAGGCGAGGAGAUUAACGCAGAAGGAAAGAGCCUCGCCCCACCAGCUGACACCCGGGUGAGGCUAAGAUGGGAGCUCAACGAAGAGGGGCUACCCGUGUGGCCCCCUUCUGUCAUCGAAGAGGGGGAGGACACGGAGGGGUUGCCAAGUUUUGACGCUUGGGUGGCAAACCCCCAUGACGUGCAUGUAGAGCCUUCCAGGACUCCCCCCUCUGCUCGGUCUCACCCCGCACCAGCCUCUUCUCCUGCUCUCUCACCUGCUCUCCCUCCACCAGAUCGGUCAUCAUCAACUCGACCUGCUACUGCCCCAAAUGACGCAUCCAUCCCCGUCGACCUGACGGAUGAUUAGCUUAGGGCUUUUACUUUUUCUUUUGUGUUUCUUUUUGUAUUAAUCAAUGAAAUUAUCCAUUAUGUACUCCAAUUGUAAAUGAAUCAUUGAUGAAAUACAAUUUGAACUUUCUCUUUUGAAAUUGUUGUGUACUGUUCUUGCAUUUUUGUGUAAAUCAAUGAACUUAUUUAGA